UCCGGAAGUAAUGGUUAACAGGAUUGGUCACCCGUUACCUUGGAACAAUGUUAAACAACACGAGAAUCCAAAGCUUAUAACUAUUAAUAAGGAAUUCUUUGAAAGUCGUAAAGGUGUCGAAUCACCUUCUAAGAAGUAUUAA